CGUGUGUAAGCCUUUUCGCGAAGUUUCUCGUGUCCCUCGCUCUCAGUAUCGAAAUCAUUCCCCACUUGGAAACGUUUCAUUGACAGUGUGCAGGCGUGUGAAUUUACAUCAACGUUUCAUCCGUACCUUCUGAUCGCGAUUGUCUUGUUUUAUCAUGGCAAACAAGGCAACUCAAUUGAAAGAUCAAGGAAAUGCGGCCUUGUCGGCUGGUAAAUUAGAUGAAGCUGUAGCCCUUUACUCAGAAGCAUUGGCUAUAGACCCAGAAAAUCAUGUUCUGUACAGCAAUCGGUCAGCUGCAUAUGCGAAAGCUGGAAAGUACCUGGAAGCUUUACAGGAUGCUGAGAAGACAGUUUCAUUAAAGCCUGAUUGGGGUAAGGGUCAUUCACGAAAAGGUGCUGCUUUGGCUUAUCUUGGCCGUGAUGUUGAAGCUCAAAAAGCCUAUGAGGAAGGACUCAAGUAUGACCCAAACAAUGAACAACUUAAAGAAGGUCUUCUUGAAGUGAAGAACAAGGUUGGAUCACAAGGAGCAAAACUCAUGAAUCCGUUUGCUGGACCAGAUGUCAUGAACAAACUACAGAACAAUCCAAAAACAAAAGCAAUGUUUGAAGAUCCAACUUAUCGACAGUUGAUCCAAGACCUUCAAAAUAAUCCAGGUGCGAUGGCCACCAAAUUGGGUGAUCCAAGAGUUUUGGCCACCCUCAGUGUCUUGCUAGGAGUGGAUUUGGAGGCUUCAAAUGAAGGAGAUGAACCAAUGGAUACCACAGAACCUUCACCACCACUUGAUCCGAAAGAAGAGAAGAAAAAAAGGGAGGAAGAAGAGAGAAAGAGGGAGGAAAAAGCCAAAUAUGAUGCUCUACCAGAAGAGAAGAAAAAGGCUCUUGAUGAAAAAGAAAAGGGAAAUGCAGCUUAUAAGAAGAAAAAUUUUGCUGCUGCAAUAGAACACUACAACAAGGCUGUAGAGCUAGAUCCAACUGACAUGACUUAUGUCACGAAUUUGGCUGCUGUUUAUUUUGAACAAAAGGAUUACGAAAAAUGUGUGGAACUUUGUAAACAAGCAAUUGACAUUGGCAGAGAAAAUAGGGCCGACUUCAAGCUAAUUGCCAAAGCUUAUACGCGAAUUGGCAACUCGUAUAAAAAGCUAAAGGACUUGGCAAAUGCAAAAUUACAUUUCGAAAAAUCACUCUCAGAGUUCCGCUCGCCAGAGACAAAAACAUUGCUAUCUGAAGUGGAAAGUUUGCUUCGUGAGGAACAACGCAAGGCAUACAUCAAUCCGGAAAUUGCAGAGCAAGAAAAGGAGAAAGGAAAUGAAUUUUUUCGUAAAGGUCAAUACGCUGAUGCAUUAAAAUGUUACUCGGAGGCGAUAAAGCGUAACCCUGGCGACGCUAAAGUUUACAGUAAUCGUGCUGCCUGCUAUACAAAGCUGGCAGCUUUUGAUUUAGGUUUGAAAGAUUGUGAUGUCUGUUUAGAGCUUGAACCAUCAUUUGUUAAGGGAUGGAUUAGGAAAGGAAAGAUUCUCCAGGGAAUGCAGCAAUAUAGUAAGGCUUCUACCGCUUUUCAGAAAGCUAUGGAGCUUGAUCCAAACGCCUCGGAAGCGCUUGAUGGCUACCGCGCAUGCAUGAUGCAAACUAACUCAAAUCCUGAGGAAGUGCGCAAAAGAGCAAUGGCAGAUCCAGAAGUCCAAGCUAUAUUGCGUGACCCUGCCAUGCGUAUGAUUUUAGAACAAAUGCAGAAUGAACCUCGUGCUCUGCAAGACCAUCUAAAAAAUCCUGCGAUUGCUACUAAAAUCCAGAAGCUGAUUGAAUCUGGACUGAUUUCCAUUCAUUAAUUAAUUGUACCAUGCUUACUUUUCUAAGAAAUCAAGUGGAGUCAAAAUUUUGAUUGAUAUGAUUGUCAAUUCUUGUAUUCUUUUUCAUGAAAUAUAAAAGAAAAAGAAUA